AGGUAGGUAGGCAGGCAGGCCGGCCGGCUAGCUAGCUGGCUGGGGCCGUUGGAACGGAUAUCUCUUUACAUCACUCCCCUAUUUCUCCCCCUUUUUUGUUGUUUAUUUUUCGUUGUGGGUCAGUGCGUAAGGUACGAGGGGAACCUAGAUUAAAGCAACGCUCGAGCACCCACCGGAAGCCUAGGGACAGGCCUGGGCUGCAGACUCAAAAUUAGGAUGUCCAGACAUGAAGGUGUCAGCUGUGAUGCAUGUUUAAAAGGAAAUUUUCGAGGUCGCAGAUACAAGUGUUUAAUUUGCUAUGAUUAUGAUUUAUGUGCAACUUGUUAUGAAAGUGGUGCAACAACAACGAGACAUACAACUGAUCAUCCAAUGCAGUGCAUACUAACAAGAGUAGAUUUUGAUUUGUAUUAUGGUGGAGAGGCUUUCUCUGUAGAGCAGCCACAGUCCUUUACUUGUCCUUAUUGUGGAAAGAUGGGUUAUAUGGAAACAUCUCUUCAAGAACAUGUUGCUUCUGAACAUGCAGAAACGUCAACAGAGGUGAUCUGUCCAAUAUGUGCAGCAUUACCUGGAGGGGAUCCUAAUCAUGUCACAGAUGACUUUGCAGCUCAUCUUACACUGGAACACAGAGCUCCUAGAGAUUUAUAUGAUGAAUCUAGUGGUGUUCGGCAUGUACGUAGAAUGUUUCACCCAGGCCGUGGCUUGGGAGGCCCCCGUGCACGUAGAUCAAACAUGCAUUUUACUAGCAGUUCCACUGGUGGGCUUUCAUCUUCUCAGAGUUCUUAUUCUCCAAGCAACAGAGAAACUAUGGAUCCUAUAGCUGAGCUUUUAUCUCAGUUAUCAGGUGUGAGACGUUCUGCAGGGCAGCUCAAUUCUUCUGGCCCUUCUGCUUCUCAGUUACAGCAGCUGCAAAUGCAACUGCAGUUGGAACGACAGCAUGCACAGGCAGCAAGACAACAACUGGAGACUGCACGCAAUGCAACUAGACGCACGAACACAAGCAGCAUUCCUACCACUCUCACACAAUCUAUAGCAGCAACCAAUACAUCUAACACAGAAAACAAUCAGCAGACUAUACAGAACUCCCAGUUUCUUCUUAUGAGGUUGAGUGAUCCUAAGAUGUCAGAAGCAGAGCGUCAGUCAAAGGAAAGCGAACAGGCAGAUCACAGCUUGUUUGUUCAAGAGCUUCUAUUGUCCACUUUAAUGCAGGAAGAAAGCUCCUCCUCAGAUGAGGAUGAACAAGGAGAGAUUGCUGAUUUUGGUGCUAUGGGUUGUGUAGAUAUUAUGCCUCUAGAUGUUGCUUUAGAAAACCUAAAUUUAAAAGAGAAUAAUAAAGGAAAUGAGUCUCCUCUUUGAUGGCAUCCCACUUUGCAGGCAAUGUCCUCUGUGCUCUAUUUGCCAAUGAAAGUGGACAACAACUAUCUUGGGUUUGUUUUGGUGAUUGUAACUUCAGGUCUGUCACUCUUGUUACAUUGUGUACAUUCAAAGGAAGAGAGCAAAGAUAUAUGAUAAUCAUUUCCACUUAACCAAUUUUUGCUAUUAGCAGGUAAAUAUAGGUUGCAGUGCAGAGAAAAAAAGCUCUGUGUCCUGUAGCUUCAUGUGUAAAAAGCUCUCCUAAUACUCCACAUUCAAAAUGAAAAUUAAAAAAAUGAAAAAUCUCUAAUGAAGCUGCUGUGUGUAUUUAUGAAUAUUAAUGAAUAAAAGUUGCUUGGAUGGUUUACCUUAA